AAUCAAAAUAACAUAUAUAUUUAAUAAAACUUUUAUUCUUGUAAUUUGAUAUUUUUUUAUAAUGCAAUGAUAUUUUAUAUUUGAUAUGAGGUGAAAAAUUAAUUCGAACCCUUGGAUUAAGAUAGCCUCACGGUGAACCAACACUGGGGAGAAAUGGUGAAAGGGCUAAAAGAAACAGCCAAGGAAAUGAUCCGUAUUCAGAAAAAGGGAAAAGUUAAGAUAUGGUUCACAGAAGCAUGUGAAAAGGCUACAGAACAAAGAAGAAAAGUGAAAGUCCUCUGCCUAACUACAACUGAUCAAGUUGCUCAGGACAAAUACACAGCUGCCAAGAAAAAGGCAAACAAAACUACAAGAUCGGAAAAAAAAAUUCCUCAAUGAAAGAUUACAAACUAUUGAGGACAACUGGUAGAAUGGAGAUAUACGCAAAUUCUACGCAGACAUUAGGAAAGAAAGGGUAGGAUAUAAAGCGAGAAAUACACAAAUG